AUGCUCCUGCCGCUGCCCUACAUCCAGGAGACGCUCGGCGACGAGGCGACCAUCCUCUUCCAGUCCUUUUCUUGGAGCUUUGCCGCGUCGUGUGUGCUGUUGGUGCUGUGGCGAGGCCUGAUCGCGCCGGUCGUCGCUGCCAAUCGCUCCGCCGACGACCUCGUCUUCCUCACGAAUUCGGUCGUCUCGCUCUUUCCGGCGCUGACGGCGCCGUUCCUCGCGGUGCAGGCGCUGUGGGAGCUUCCCAUCUCUGACCACGCGACCGCGCUGGCGGCAGCGCCGACGCCGCUCGCGCUGCGCGCCGUCGGCCUCUCGUGCGGGUACAUGGCGUACGACACGGUGUUUUGCCUCGCGCACAAGCAGGUCCGCCACCCGCUGCUGCUCGGCCACCACCUCCUCUCCAUCCUCUUCUUCCCGUACGCGACGCUGCGGCACCGCGCGCUCCUCGUCGUCCUCUUCUUUGUCUGCACCGAGGUGACAAACAUCGGGCAGCACGUGCGCAUCAUCCUGCUGAAGCUCGGCCACGAGCGCUCGCGCCUCUACCUCGUCAAUGGCGUCGCGUGGGCCGUCUCCUUCUUCGUGGUCCGCAUCCUGCCGUCGCCGUACCUGUUUUACAAGAUGGCGGACUGCUCGUACGCAGCCUUCUCGAGGGCAGACUUUGUGGUCGCGUGGGCGACGAUGCCGAUCCCGUUCGUCCUCAACUCGUUCUGGCCGCCGAUCGACGCGCUCCUCUCCUCCGAAAAUCAUCAUCAGCAGCAGCAGCAGGGCAGAGCCGCGAAGCGGCGGUAGCCGACAGCAGGAGCUCGCAUGCGGAGGCAUGAGAUGCGUACUAGAGGCGGGAAACUGUGGGAGGGCGAGGCUAGCGCAUGGGGUGUGCGGGCGUGCGUUUUGCGACAUGGACACGGGUGGGGCGCGCGCAUGCGAGCGCGCGUUGAGAGGGGCGCGCUCUCGGAAGCUGGGGUCCGCCGCGCAGUGCGAGCGCGGUGGCCGGCGCCGCGAAGCAGUCAUCUGCCCACGGCCGUGUACUGAUGUCGUCCCAUAGGUGUGCCUUUUCAUAGCAGUUAGCACUGUUUUCG